AUGCCUCGGCCCGGCCGCAACACGUACAGCGACCAGAAGCCGCCCUACUCGUAUAUCUCGCUGACCGCCAUGGCCAUCCAGAGCUCGCCCGAAAAGAUGCUACCCUUGAGCGAGAUCUACAAGUUCAUCAUGGACCGCUUCCCCUACUACCGGGAGAACACGCAGCGCUGGCAGAACAGCCUGCGCCACAACCUUUCCUUCAACGACUGCUUCAUCAAGAUACCGCGGCGGCCAGACCAGCCCGGCAAGGGCAGCUUCUGGGCGCUGCACCCCAGCUGCGGGGACAUGUUCGAGAACGGCAGCUUCCUGAGGCGCCGCAAGCGCUUCAAGGUGCUCAAGUCGGACCACCUGGCGCCCAGCAAGCCCGCUGACGCGGCGCAGUACCUGCAGCAGCAGGCCAAGCUGCGCCUCAGCGCGCUGGCGGCCUCGGGCACGCACCUGCCGCAGAUGCCCGCCGCCGCCUACAACCUGGGCGGCGUGGCGCAGCCCUCGGGCUUCAAGCAUCCCUUCGCCAUCGAGAAUAUCAUCGCGCGCGAGUACAAGAUGCCUGGGGGACUGGCCUUCUCCGCCAUGCAGCCCGUGCCCGCCGCCUACCCGCUCCCCAACCAGUUGACUACCAUGGGCAGCUCGCUGGGUACUGGCUGGCCACACGUGUACGGUUCGGCAGGCAUGAUCGAUUCGGCCACCCCCAUCUCCAUGGCUAGUGGCGAUUACAGCGCUUACGGCGUGCCGUUGAAGCCUCUGUGCCACGCAGCGGGCCAGACGCUGCCCGCCAUCCCCGUGCCCAUUAAGCCCACGCCGGCCGCAGUGCCCGCGCUGCCCGCACUGCCUGCGCCCAUCCCCACCCUGCUCUCGAACUCGCCGCCCUCGCUCAGCCCCACGUCCUCUCAAACAGCCACCAGCCAAAGCAGCCCCGCCACUCCCAGCGAAACGCUCACCAGCCCGGCCUCCGCCUUGCACUCAGUGGCGGUGCACUGA